CAAGCGAAUGUGGUUGAAGAAAAAAACACACAACAAAAAGCUGCACAUGCGAUUCCUGUGUCAUUUUAGAACCCGCCAGGUGCCCGGGACUUGCUUUUGACACCAAGCCAUGAUGACAUCCCUCAGCAUGUCACCGUCCUUCAACGCCACCAACCACAACACCUCCCACUCUGCUGCUGCAUCAGACUGCAGCCCGGCGGUCAAGCACGUCUCCCUGGCCGUCUGCCUCUCCCUGGUCUUCCUGGUGGGCCUCUGCCUCAACUGCUUCAGCCUGUUUGUCUUCUGCAGCCGUAUCCGGGAGUGGAACGCCGGCACGGUCCUCCAGUUCAACCUGGCCCUCAGCGACAGCCUGGCCACCCCGGCCACCAUCAUGGUGGCCGUGUACUUCGCCAAGAACAGCUGGCCGUUCGGCUGGUUCAUGUGCCAGGUGAAGAUCGCCCUGCUCAGCACGCACUUCUACGGCAGCAUCCUGUUCCUGAUGCUGAUCAGCAUCCACCGCUACGUGAUGGUGGUCCACUUCAACCGCCACAGCCUGAUGAAGCAGAAGGCCUUUGUGAAGAAACUCUGCGGUGGAAUAUGGACUUUGUUGCUGAUGAACGGUGUGAUCUUUGCCUCCCUCUUGCCCUCCUCCAGCACAGAGGACCACAGCACCCAGUGCUUGUCCAUUUUCCAAAAGGAACACACCGUGACCCUGUUUGCCAUCAACUUUCUGCUGUUUGCGGUCGGAUUCCUCUUACCCUUCUCGGUCUCGGCUGCCUGCUACGUCCGGCUGGCGCGGUCCGUGUCUCAGAUCAGCACCAACACCGGUCACGGCUCGGCGGUCAAGUCCAAGUCCCUGAGGAUGAUUGGGAUCUGUCUCGUGAUUUUCGGCCUGUGUUUCCUGCCCAUGAACAUAAUUCGAACUGUAGGGGUUGUGAUGAAGAUGUUUCAUUCGGACAGGUGUGAUGCUCUUCAGAGGCUGGAGAUUGCCUAUUAUGCGUCUUGGGUUUUAGCAGGGGUCAACGGCUGCUUGGAUCCUCUUAUUUACUUUUUUGGAACUAGGAAUUUCAGGAAAACGCUGUCAAAAUCUCUCAGAUACAAAGUGGACGAUACCAUUGACAAAAAGAGUGAAUCAGAGACAGUCAGCCACACAAACAAAAGAAUUUUAGUUGUGGACCAGACACAAUAA